AAAAGGAAAAAUUGAGUGAUUCAGGUCGUGGUAAGUCAAUGAAACCUACCCCAACAGGAGGAGAGAGUGGAGGCAGAGCCAUGAUCUAAUUAGAAGAGAUGAAAAAGGAAAAGAAAAGGUGAGAGACAGAGACAACCACGGCUUCAUUCUCUUAAAAUGGAAACAUGUGAGUGAUGAGAGAAUGAACGAUGAAUCCAAAAAUAAGAAUAAAGAAAUUCUGUUAUUGAUUUCGUGGUUAUUAUCUUCCCUCGCUCGUUCGCGCUUCCUUCUAUUCGAAGCUUUUGUGGUGCGGAAUCCUUCGGCGGCGGCCAUGGAAAAUAUUGCCGCGCAGCUGAAGCGCGGCAUCUCGCGGCAGUUUUCGUCGGGGUCGCUGCGGAAGAGCCUGAGCCGGCAGUUCACGCGCCAGGCCUCGCUCGAUCCACGCCGGAACAACCAGCGGUUCAGCUUCGGGCGGCAGUCGUCGUUGGAUCCGAUACGGAGGAGCCCCGAACACGACGAGGCGGAGCUCACCGUGCCAGAUAACCUUGACUCCACCAUGCAGCUGCUCUUCAUGGCGUGCCGAGGCGACGUCAAGGGGGUUGAGGAUUUGCUCAACGAAGGCAUCGACGUCAACAGUAUCGACCUCGACGGCCGCACCGCCCUCCACAUCGCCGCCUGCGAAGGUCACGCCGAGGUUGCCCGGCUCCUCCUCACCCGCAAGGCCAACAUCGACGCUCGCGAUCGCUGGGGCAGUACCGCGGCGGCCGAUGCCAAAUAUUAUGGAAAUACAGAGAUUUAUUACAUGUUGAAGGCUCGUGGAGCGAAAGUGCCGAAAACCAGGAAGACUCCAAUGACCGUUGCGAAUCCUCGUGAAGUUCCGGAAUAUGAACUCAACCCGUUAGAGCUACAGGUUCGGAAGAGCGAAGGUAUUUCAAAAGGAACAUAUCAAGUAGCUAAAUGGAAUGGCACAAAGGUUGCAGUGAAGAUACUUGACAAGGACAGUUAUACAGAUCCUGAUACCAUAAAUGCUUUCAAACAUGAGCUCACAUUAUUAGAAAGGGUGCGACAUCCCAAUCUGGUCCAAUUUGUUGGAGCUGUAACCCAAAAUGUACCUAUGAUGAUUGUGCGUGAGUACCAUGCUAAGGGUGAUCUGGCAAGCUAUCUACAAAAGAAAGGGCGUUUGUCCCCAUCAAAAGUUCUACGUUUUGCUCUAGAUAUUGCUAGGGGCAUGAACUAUCUUCAUGAAUGCAAACCAGAACCGAUUAUUCACUGUGAUUUAAAGCCAAAAAAUAUUUUGCUCGAUAAUGGAGGGCAAUUGAAGAUAGGCGGAUUUGGCACUGCGAGAUUUUCUCUCAUCUCAGCUGAUCAAGCAAAGCUGGUGCAGCCUGACCCUAACAUUGAUCUUUCAAGCUUGUACGUGGCACCAGAGAUUUACAAAGAUGAAGUAUUUGAUAGAAGUGCGGAUGCAUAUUCUUUUGGUCUCAUUAUAUAUGAGAUGUUAGAGGGUACGCCUCCCUUCCAUCCCAAGCCCUCGGAGGAGGUAGUGCAACUAAUGUGCUUAGAGGGGAAAAGACCGACAAUCAAGAUCAAAACAAAACAUUAUCCUCCGGAUUUGAAAGAGUUGAUUGAGGAAUGUUGGGAUCCAACUCCUGUAGUCAGGCCAACAUUUUCUCAGGUCAUUGUACGGUUGAACAAAAUUGUUGCAACUUGCUCAAAACAAGGAUGGUGGAAAGAUACUUUUAAGCUUCCUUGGAAAUAAAUAACAGGAUACAUGCUAUGUGGCAAAGAGGAAAUCAAGUUCAGGUGGAUCCUCAAAACCAGUUUGUGAGCUUCGUGUUGUUGUUGGUGUUGGUGUACCGUUGAUAGCCAUUGCAAUUAAUAACUUUGGAAUUGGAAUAUAUUAACCUGAGCUUGGAUUUUGAGCGUAAUUCCCCCGGUUCCACCCGGCCACUGGAGGUUCUGGAACAGCUCCUCUCUGUACAAUGUACCAUAAACGGCAUAACAUUUAUCAGAAAUUUUCUAAUAAAAAUGUGUUUAUAUACUUAUAGAUAGACUACUAUGUGCUUAUAAUCGCAUCAUCAUUCGGCACCCUAUGUGUUGUGUGCCUUGUACCAGCCCACCACCCCAAAAAAUGUUUACUUGUAUGGAAUCUGGUUUUUGUCCCUCAAUAGUUUAAUUAGGUGCUCUUGAAAUAAAAGCUCAUAAGUUCAUGUCUUUUAAUAAUUGAGUUGAAAUUGGUUGAUAACAUUAACUAUUUUA